UAUCCGACUAGUGAAUAACCAAGAAAAACUCACGUGUGCUUUUUUGUGCGGUGCACGUUGCACGAAUUCAUCUGGUUAGUGCGCGAUUUCGGUGUUUUCCACGUGUGUAAUUUCUUGAAUUUGACAUAACUCCUUAAAUAUCCACAAUGUCUGCGGGAGUGAGUGUAAUAAUCGAGGAUGUUAAGAAACAUCCGCGUUGCCCGCAUGGUCCUACAUUAUUAUUCCGCACGUUAGACAAUAACAAACCCAGAACUUUCUUUGGGUGCUCAGCAUGCAGGGACAGAAAGCAAUGUUCUAUCUUUGUGUGGCAGGAUGAAAGUCAAACUUAUAGAAAGAGGUACUGGGAGUCGAAAAUCGACCAGUAUCUAUCAACAUCAGGCCCACGCGUGGUUUAUCAAACAUUUAUGGACGUGCUGCAAUCAUGCGAAGCGGAACGCAUGUAUUGCCAUGAUUGCGGCGAGUUUGAGUUACCUAAGUAUCAAGCAAAACACUUGCAGCAUCAGCAUGCAAAGGGCAUCAAGGAGGAAGUGCUUAGAAGUCCUAGUAAAUUCUUACUACCACUGGAAGAUGCCAAGAAAGAGGCACAAUAUUUGUUCAGUGAGGGUGCCUGUGAGUUUAUAGUUAAUACUAUUUUAAAACUUGGUUAUAAAUAUGUUUUGUGCAUUGGAGCUCCUAGAAUCCACGAAUAUAUCUUAAAUAACUGCACAUUGAAACUGGACAGUUUCUUGUUGGAUUUUGAUAGAAGAUACAUGUCAUUCUAUAAUCCCAUGCAGUUUGCAUGGUAUAAUGUCUUCAAUCAUCACUUUUUCUUUGAUGGUGUCAAAGAAAAUUAUGAGGAUUUCCUUAGUAACAACAAAGGAAAUGAGUUGAUAAUUGUAACAGAUCCACCAUUUGGUGGCAGGAUUGAACCACUAGCUGCAACUUUAGAGAUAAUAAACAAGGAACACCAGGCAAUUACAAAAUUGACACAUAAAUUGCCCACGUUUUUCGUUUUUCCAUACUUCAUGGAACCGCAGAUUAAAAAUUCUAUGGACAACUUUACAAUGUUGGAUUAUAAAGUUGGAUAUGACAAUCAUCCGUUGUUCGCGGAGGGACCGAAAGCGCGAAAACAGGGAUCGCCUGUGAGGAUUUUCACCAAUAUCAAACCAGCGUUGGUGCAGUUACCUGAAUCUGAAGGGUAUAAAUAUUGUGAGAAAUGCGAACGUUGGGUGUCGGACGAAAACAAGCAUUGCGACAAGUGUGGAGUUUGUACAUCCAAAGAUGGUCGUGAAUAUGUCCACUGCGAUCCGUGCAAACGGUGUGUCAAGAACACGUGGUCGCAUUGCGAUAAAUGCAAGAAGUGCGCCAUUGUUGGACACAAAUGCGAAUUGAUUGCUUUCAAAAAUGAGUGUUUCCACUGUAAGGAGCAAGGUCACAAGAAACAGAACUGCCCAUUGUUAGAAAAGAAUGAGGAUGAUGUUGAGCCGAAUUGUGCAGUCGAUGCAACAGCUGUUAAACAAAAGAAGAAUAAGCAAAAAGAUAAGAAAGGCGCAACAAAAAAUACCGACUUGGAUGAGGUAGUUGACGAAGUUUCGAUUGUUGGCAAGAAAAAAACAAAGAAACAAAAGCGUAACACAAUCAUGGAAAAAGGUUUAGCUAACAAACUCAAGUCGCAACAAGACGAGAGUCCCAAGAAAUCAAAGAAUUUAGAUGCAACUGCGGACAACGUAGCAACAACAGCUCCGGAGAAGAAGAAGAAGAAAAAUAAACAAAAGUCACAAAUGCUAAAUAAUGGCAACAAUACUUCAAUACAAAAUGUUCAAGAGCAAUCAGUGAGUGAAGAAGUGCCUAAUGCAGGCAAGAAAAUGAACAAUAAUAAAAAGCGACAAAUCGAUAGCGAUGUGGCAGAAGUAUCUCCAGUUAAGAAGUUAAAACUACAACAAAGUCCCAAGAAACCGAACGGUUUAAACAAAGAUGACGAAAAUAUCACACAAAACGUAGCAACAACUAAAAAUAAAAAGAAAAACAAACAAAAUCCACAAAUCCCGAAAAAUGAUGACAAUGUUGCAAAGGAGGUUCCCAAGGGGACAACUCCAGUAAAAAAGUUGAAGUUACAGCAAAAUGGCAAGGACAAUAAGAAAAAUCAGAAGAAAGUUGUGGGGAAACCCAAGAAAAAACAAAAGUUAAUGUCCGCGGCAGUGGCGAGAGGAGUUGAAAGCUCCCUGGAAGAUUUAAGUGCUUCGAAUGAUGGCAGCAGUUCAAUUUCAACCGAAGAUCAUCAAAACGAUGCCGAAAACCUCGAUUUAUCACUACUCAAGAUAAAGGAGAAGAUACUGAAGAAUCCACCAUUCAUCAAGAUGAUGAACUACGAUCUGUUCACUCACAAGUACAAGGUAAAAUCAGAUGUACUUGAUCCCCCUGAUACAACCAGGAAAACUGGUCGUAUUUUCGUGAAAAACGUCGCUGAAAGUGUAAAAUCCGUGGAAUCCAAUGAAGAGAAACAUAUGCCGGUAGAUGACAUCCUGCGGUUGAUACCGGAAAAUAAACAGGGGAAAGAAUGGCCAAUAAAGUACAAUAACAAGUCAGAAAGUAAGGAGAACAUAGACAAAAAGUCUUCCACUCUAAAGGUAUCUUCUAAUUUAUUUACCUCACCAAGGUCUAAAUUGCAUGCAAAAAGGCAGAGGAUUCAAGAAGGUGAUUCUCCAACUUCGGAUAAAUUUAAUGCAUGUUCUGAGAUAACUUCUAAUAAAUCCAAAACUAAAAAUAAAUCGAAAGAAAAGGCUAAAAAGCAGAAUGGGGAAAAGAUUGAUCACAUAUCUGAAGCUAAGUUUGCUCUUAAUAAGAUGAAUAGUAAUGCAUGUAAAAUGAAUAAAAGUAAAGUAGCAUUAGAAAGUCCCAAAGACACUAAAGAUACAAGUGAAAAUACAAUCAUUUCUGAAGUAACACCAACUAAAUACAAAAAUAAAUCAGAAGACAAGCAAGAAAAGGAGAAUACAGAAGAAACUGCUACUUUCAAAGUAUCUGCUAAUUUAUUUAUGUCACCAAAAAUGAAGAGUGCUUUGAAAACUCCCAUAAAAGAUCAUAAAGCAACUCCUAAAGUGAUUGAUUUGGACAAUGAGCCGGAUCUUCUGCCAGAGAAUAACCGACAGGACGCAUUUAAGUUCCUCAUGGGCAAAGGACGUACAAGCGGCUCGCCUCCCAGCGCUCCUAAUGUAAAAUCACCACGUAAAUACACGAAAACUAAACAAAUGAAGCGAAAAUUGGACGUAGCACAUGAGCGUAAGAAGAAUAAACGUCAAAAGAUGGAUAAAAACGAUGACGAUGAUGAAAUUACUACGCCUGAUGAUGAUACAUCUUCAUCAGAACCAAUAAACUUGGUUCAAGAUGAAGAAACCGUGCCGAAAACACUUUUAAAAGCUGAAAAUGACAAUAAACCGCAACCAGAAGCUGAUAUUGAUAUUCUUACAGUUGAUGAAGCAAAAAAUCUAAAUUCAAGUGCUGAAUGGGACGAAUUAUUCAACUCACCAAUUAAACGAAGUCAAAAUAAAUCAAAUUCAGGUUCCAAAAAGGUGAUUAUUCCAUAUAGUAAAUUAAGUCUAAAGAAAAAACCUGAAGUUGUUGAAGUAGUCGAAGAAGAAUUAAGUACAGGACCAGAGAUACCUAAAGAAAAAGUAGACAAAUCGCCAGAGACACCGACUUUACGUCGAACUUCACGCAUUCGAAAACCUGUAAUCAAUUUUGAUUCACUAAACGCCAUUGACCUGGAUGAUGAAAAACCAUUGAAAACACGCCGUAAACGUAUGUCUAGUGAGUCUUCCAUUGAUUCCAUAGCAUCCGUUAGUUCUACCAGUUCAGGAAAGAGGAGAGGUAGGCCUAGGAAGUCACAAGUCGCCAAGAAAGUCGCUUCUGUUUUCGAGCAAGCUAAACCGAAACCUAAACCACCACAAUUGAGUCCCGCAUCUUUGCAAGCCAGAGAAAAUUUCCUGCGCAGUGGAGUCCCGGAUAUUUUGAAGCAGAAACAAAAAAUCGAAUCAACAGUGCUUCAGGAAGAAGAAUACUUUGCUUUUCCAACUGUAGCACAUGUUGAACAACGUUGUACAUCAUUUGCAUGGAAUUUACCUUCUGUAAACAUUGAUUUAAUAACUCCUGAAGACGAUGAUACUUACAUUAAGAAAAUUUUAAAGUCUACUGAAAAUUUAUCAUCGUGUAAUGGCAUUACCAGCGAAGUGAAACAAAAUAUUCCGGUUUCAUUCCAUCCGGUAAAGAAUCAAGCGCCACUAUUCAGUAAAUAUAAAGCUAUAAGUAUUCAAAAACCAAACUAUCCGGUGUUUGAUCUGUUUGUGACGUUCGCUGACCGUAAUGGGCUUGAUUAUCGUUACCAAAACCCUGUAAAAUCAACAACAUCUCUAUCGCUGAAAAAGAUCACGAGAGGAACACCUAUUGUUGUGGCUGAAAACCUCAAUCAAUUCACAAUGUGGACGAAGAAAUACCGUCCCAAGUGUGCGAAUGAUCUCCUAGGGAAUACCGAAGAAGUAAAAUCAUUAAAAACAUGGCUGGAAGGUUGGUUGGCGGUCGUUGAUGGCCCCGGUGGUGAAAUGUUCGACGGUGACGGUGCGUCACAAUUGAAAAACACGAUGAUACUCUACGGAAAACCAGGCUGUGGUAAAACAGCAACAGUUUACGCGUUGUGUGAGGAACUCGGCGUCAAUGUCCUCGAAGUGAAUGUCAGUAGUCGUCGUACUGGUAAACAACUACUGCAGCAAAUGCACGAAGCGACGCAAUCGCACCAAGUGCGAAAACAUAACGAUCAAGAGAUGAAAAUGUGCUUGAUACUUAUUGACGACGUAGAUUUAGUCUACCAACAGGAUGAACAGUUUACGAAAGAGUUGCACACGUUGAUUACUAGUUCGAAACGUCCGAUUAUACUGAUUACGAACGAUUACAAUGUUCCGCAUGUGAGUAGAUAUGUGAGCCAACAAUAUCCGUUGUUGUCGUUUUCAAGACUGUCCGCUGAGUCAAUGGCUACGUAUUUACAAAUUCUAUGUUUGGUAGAAGGUUUAACGGUGGAAAGAAAUGCUCUAGAGAUGUUAUUAGAGUGGAAUGUGGGCGAUAUAAGACGGACAUUGUUACAAUUGCAAUUUUGGUUGAUUUCCGGCGGGGAUUCGAUUGAAAAUUUAAAUUCAAACCCGGAGGCACAUAGAAAAUGCAUUCAAGCUUUCAUUUCACACCCUGAGGGGCAAAUACUCCCGCAACCGUUAGAUUUAGGCACGCUGUGGUGGAAUAUACCGAAAAUUGUUGGUUUUGAUAGAAAUAUCACGCCAAACGCUAAGAAUAAGCCGAGAGUAAGGAAAGAAUUAAGAGAUUAUGCGCGUUUGAUCGAAAACAUCUCGUUUUCUGAUACUCUUAAUCGAAGUGAAGGUAUUAUUGGAGGAUUGGAACCGUAUGAGAAUGAUUUCGAAUUAUUCGACAGUGUGGAAUUGAAUCCAAGAACUGAUUAUUACAAAACUGAUCGUUACUUGACUGAAGAACUACAACAAAGACUGCUGGAAGGACAAUGUAAGAAGUUUAUGCAGACUGAUGACGCUGCAAUGUCAGAUGAGUGGAGUUAUGCUGCACCAAGCAAAAUUCGAAGGUGGCGAGCGAAGCAAGAAAACUGCGCUGCAAAGUUUCAACGUGCUGUUCCACUUCAUAUACGCCAUGAUAAGGAGUGUUUCUUCAAAGAUGUCUUCCCGUAUUUACGACAACUGGCACGAACGGAGAAAGAUCGUCAGGAGAAGAAUCCGAAACGCGGCAAUCGCGGUUUUAAUGUUUUAAACACCGCCGGCAUCUUUGAUAUAUCUCCUCACGGCAUGAGGACUGCAUGUAAAAUGUUAGACUUCACUGAUUGUCAUUAUGCUUAGUUAAAACUGGUGUGUGAUUCAGUUAUUUAGAAGAAUUUAUUGUUUAUUUUACCUUGCAAAGUUUUACUUUUCUUCUUCUUGUAUUAAUUUAUAAAUCAUCAUGUCAGUACUAAUUGUAUGAUGCAAAAAAUGAUUUAGAUAGUGGAAUAUAAAUGAAAUCUAAUCAA